AUGACUUUUAACACUCGCGUCAGCAUUCUUGUAAGCAUAAUGUCCACUUUUACUAUCAGAGCGGCUGUUAUUGAGGACACUGAAGCCAAGAAGAUACAAAGGCAGAUUGUCAUCCAAAAUAGAAUGAUGAGAUUACUGUGCGAAAACCAUCUGUAUCUCAGGAUAUUCCCAGAUGAUGAUUGCAAAUUUCUUUUCCGGUUUACAUACCAACAGAUGCAGCAAUUAGUUCUUCUUUUCGGACUCAAAGAGAAAAUGUUUUUUCAAGAAAACUCAAGGGGGAAAUUCAGUCUUUCAGCAAUAGAAUCUGUAGCAAUAUUACUUCAUAGAUUGUCAUACUCAUCUCGUCUGGGUGAUCUGGCAAUAUUUUUUGGAAGGUCAGAGUCGACACUCAGUCCUGUGUUUAAAGAACUUGUAUGCAGACUUCAUUUGAAAUUUAGAGCUGCCAUGAUAUUUGACUAUAACCAGUUCAAGCCAGAGAAUCUGGAGAGAUUUAGUAAUGCGAUUUACAGAAAAUGUCAGCGUGUUCAGCACUGUAUUGGAUUUAUUGAUGGCACAUUUGUGAAAGUUGCCAGACCAACAGACAACCAAGAACAAUGCUACACUGGCCACUACAGAGCUCAUGGCCUCAAGUAUCAAGCAGUUGUUACACCAGAUGGUAUAACAUCGUCUUUCUAUGGCCCUGUGGUUGGAUCUCAUCAUGAUAUGUUUCUUUACAGGGAAAGCCGCAUAGAGACAUAUAUGCGCAACACAUUCGAUUUCAGACAUGAGCACGGUCCAUGUUAUCAUUUGUAUGGAGAUCUCGCCUAUGUUUCUUCAGAGUACAUGAUGCAUCCAUUUGGCAAUGCUCCAGAAGAUUCACCAUACCAUGUAUUCAAUAUGGAAAUGUCACGACUUUGUGUCUCUGUAGAGCAUGAAUUUUCUUAUGUAGGAAAUUUAUUUUCCUUUGUCAAGUUUGUACAGAAUCAGAGGCUAUUUCUUAGCCCAGUUGCAUCCCACUACAUAGUGGCAACUUUAUUGAAGAAUAUAUAUGUGUGCUUCAACAGAGGAAAUCAGACAAGCAUGAAGUUCAACGUCUUACCUCCCAUCCCUCAGAAUUAUGUGUAUGGCUUGUUACAUUAA